UAUUUGGGUACCCUCGCCUUUUCACUUAUAUUUACAUAUUCUACAAACUAAAUACGACUUAACAACUCCAUGUGUACACUACAACAGCCAUAUUCUACAAACUAAAUACGACAUUUAACCUCAGCUGUGUCUACCCAUCUAGCGUCAAAAAAAAAACAGAAACUGCAAAUGAGUGUACAUAGAAUGUAAAUGAAAAAAGGUUAAGAAACGGCUAGCCAUUAACCGUUCUAGGAAAGGAAAAACAGUUGAUGAGUAGCCGUUCACUGGAACAGACAAUGAUUUUCCGUUAUCAUUGAGAAGAACGAUUAAUGAAUGAACGUUUUAUGCUUUUUAAAAACGGCUAAUGGAUAGCCGUUCUCGGAGUCUUUUCAUUGGGAUCCCCGCACACUAGAAAAGCCUUGCAGAAAGACACCCUUUUGGCCACGCUGUUUUAGCUUGGGAAGGGGUUGGGCAUGCCCAUAAGACCCAGUCUUAUCGAGAAUCAGGUGCACGGUUCAGAGUCUAAUCCUACAAACUAGGUCGAGAAGUUUCACACAUUGGAACUACCUUUUUUUCUUUCUUUCUUUCUUCACUACAAACGAAAAUGGAGGCGCAGUUGAGAACCAGAGGAAUCUAUGAAGAAAACUAAGAGAUGGGUCGAGUUAUGAAUUGAUGCAGCCAUGAAUGACUUGGGUCUGUAAGGAACGAGAAGAACACAGUGGAGAGAAACGAAGAUGAGGAUUUCUGAAUCUUACAUAGAGAGGAAGAUACUCAUGCUAUGAAUUAUGAGAAGAUUCCGUGUUUUUGGUGUUUCCAGUGAGGAAUUAGAGAUGGGUUUUGCUUGAUAAUCAAAUUUACAACAGAAAUUGAAGGAGAAAUGGAGUUUAGGGUUCGGUGAUUGAGGCUGUUGAUGUUUACAGGCAUGAUGGACUGCUAUAAUUAGGGUUUAGAUGGAUUUAAGCAAAAAUAAGAAAGUUUGUGAAGAAGAUGUCCCUGCCAUGGAUUAUUGGGUGAAAUUGAAGUCACGGAGAAGAUAUGGUGGUAUGGAGGUUAGGGUUUGGUUGUAGAUGCAGAAAAUGGAGGUGAUGUAAUUGGCAACAAGGAAGAAAUCAGGGAAGAUUGUUGUCUGAUGUUGAUGAGAUGGUAGUGAAGCUGAAUUAUGACUGCUGUUGGUAAAAUGGGUUACACGCUAGACUUAGUAACUGCAGGUGGUGGUACAAUUGCAACAGAAGUGGGUUUAGAAAUGGUGAAGGCAAUGGCUUUGGCAAUGAAGAGAUGAAUCGCAGCUGGGGAGUUUUGUGCUGGUGAUGCUGGAUGAAUCUGUGUUAGGAGACUGACAGUAAUGGUACUGAGUUAAGAGGUGGUACUGUGUCAUGGAAGAAUGAGAUCUGUGAAUUGAUGGCUGAUGAGCAGUUAAUGCAGAAUGGAAAGAGUUGAGGCGAAAGCAAUAACUGUAUGGAUGCGCACCAAGGGUUAGAGGCAAUAAUGGUAAUGGCCGGAGUUGAGUUGGAGAUGAAGAUGGUGGUGCUGAGAUUUUUGGGGUGCUGCUGUUGGUGGUUAAGAAGAAGCUGUUCCUGCAAUGAGUUUGUAAUUAUGCUUGAGUCAGGUGGUGCUGGUGGAGGCGCAACCUGAAGUACAAAGCAAAGAGGAAAAGAUGUUUGGAUAAGGAGAUGGCCUGGAGGUAAUGUUCAAUUGGUGUCAGCUACAGGUGGUGGUGCAAUGGUGUCUACGCUGUGGAAGAUGGAGUUACAAAUUGCUUUGUGUUGGUUGAUGGUUUGAGCUGAGUUGCAGACAGUGAGUUGUCCAAGUUAUGCACCACACAGUAGUACAUGAGUGAUGCUGAGGCAAAAUGGUAGCUGGAGUUGAAGCUGUUUAGAAGAUUGUUGGAGGAUGAAACUGUUGAGAAGGUUGUGUUAUGGUGAGUGAAGUAGAUGAAUGCUAGGCACUGUAUGAAAUGGCUUGAAUCAAUGUGCAGGGAAGAAAAAGUUGGCCUGCAUCCGGCAGAUACAGUGGAAACUCUGCCUGAAUCUGCACUCGGACGAGUCAACUCAGUGACCGAUCCAGAUGUUACAGUGCCGUCAGGUGGACCUUCAAAGAUAACGGCGACCGUCGAGUUUGAAUGAUCGGUGAAAUGCAGUCUAAUUUGAUUACUAUCCCAGAGGAAGAAGAAGAACAAGAACUACAAAAGAAGUUAGAAGAAAUAAAAAAGGGUUGGAUUUUAAAACCCAAAGAGAUGAAAAGAAGAAGAUCGAGUCAUCUAGCACUAAAAAGGUGUUUCUGGGCUAUUGUUUUAGCUUCUGUAAUCAUUGCUCUUCCAAUAAUAAUAGUCAAGAAUUGGCCGCAGCCCCAAAACAAUCCUCCACCUCCAGAUCAAUACAAGGUUGCUCUCACCAAAGCGCUUCAAUUCUUUGACGCCCAAAUGUCGGGGAGGUUGCCGACGAGUAAAAACAUUUCAUGGAGACAGGAUUCUGGGCUGAAAGAUGGGUUCAAGUAUGGGAAAGGUCAACUGAUAGGAGGGUAUUAUGAUGCUGGUAACAAUAUGAAGAUCAGUUUCCCCAUGGCGUUCUCAAUGACUAUGCUAAGUUGGAGUACGAUAGAAUAUGGUCAUAAAUACAGAGCAGUGGAGGAAUAUGAUCAUAUAAGAGAUAUCAUCAGAUGGGGGACAGACUACCUCCUUCUUACUUUUGAUUCCUCUGCCACGACUAUCGAUCAUAUUGUUAGCCAGGUAGGUGAAGCGGAUGAUCUUCGCUGCUGGCAAAGACCAGAAGACAUGGCAUAUUCCCGUCCGGUGCAUAGAGCAUACGAAGCAGCUGACCUGGCCGGUGAAGUUGCUGCAGCGCUAGCAUCUGCCUCCAUUGUUUUCAUUGACGACAAGAAUUACUCACAGAAACUCAUGAAAGGUGCUACUGCCUUGUUCGAGUUUGCAAGGGAUCAUAGCAAGGGUCAAUCUGAUAGCAAAAUGAAUGAAGUUACUGCACAGAUGUACAAAUCAUCAGGUUUUUAUGAUGAGUUCUUGUGGGCCGCAUCCUGGAUGUUCUACGCAUCCGGCAAUUGUAGUUAUCUUACCAUUGCCACCAAUCCGGACAAGCAUGCCUUUCUGUCAACACCAGAGUCAAGGGCCCUUAGCUGGGACAAUAAGCUGCCUGGCGCCCGGCUUCUUUUAACAAGGUUGCGGAUCUUUCUGGGUCCAGGUUACCCUUAUGAAGCAAUGUUGAAAGAGUAUCAUCACAUGAACGACCUUAACAUGUGUGCGUUCCUUAAAAGAUUCAACUUCUACAAUUUUACAGGAGGUGGUUUGAUACAAAUGAACCAUAGAGGCUUUCAAUACUUGCAGUAUGCAGCAAAUGCUGCGUUUAUAGCAUCUGUUUAUGUUGAUUACAUGAAAGCAGCUGGCAUGCCUGGCUGGUUCUGUGGUGGUGGAUACAUUGUUGCGGACGAUGUCAAGAAGUUCGCCACUUCUCAGGUUGAUUAUAUACUGGGGGCAAAUCCUAUGAAUAUGAGCUAUGUAGUAGGAUUCGGGGAGAAGCAUCCUAAGCAGGUUCAUCACCGAGGUUUCUCGAUUCCUGAUGAUGGUUACCAUUACUCUUGCACUGGAGGGUACCAGUGGCGAGACAGCCCGAAGUCUAACCCAAACAUUAUUGUCGGAGCAAUGGUAGGUGGUCCUGACGGCUUUGAUGAAUUUUAUGAUAUGCGGAAGUAUUACAAGUACACAGAACCAAGCUUGGCAGGAAAUGCAGGACUCGUGGCGGCUUUGAUAUCGUUGACUGCUAGUGGCGGUAAUCUGGUAGAUAAAAACACAAUGUUCACGGUUAUCCCACCAUUUUCCCCUUCAUCUCCACAACCCCCUCCCCCAUGGAAGCCAUGAUAUAACAAUCAUCAUCAUCAUCAUCCAUUCUAGCCAGAGACAGCAAAAUACUUUACAGAAAUUUCUACUCCGUUUGAAACAAGUGGAAAAGAAUUAGAACUGUCUACUGAUUAUAUUAUUAGUCGUAGUUUACAAGUAUUACUCGAAGGUUCUGAUCUUUACAAAGUUCUGCGUAAGUGUUUCCGGAUAGGCCAGGUUCACAUUCACUGGGACUGCGCUAAAAGAUUUGGCUGUGCAUCUUCAGGAUUAUGAUAUGUAUUUCCAUUAUUGAAGAGAUCCACUUUAACCAAAUUAUGUCAGGUAAAUCUCUUUAUGAUAUGUGCAUUACCCUUUGAAUGACUUACACAUUGUAUGUAAAUGUAAGCAAUAACAGGAAACUCAGUAGCCGUCAAUAAACAUAUGCUUAUUGGUUUAAUGUUUAAA